AUGCAGCAGACAUUACGAGAAGAAAGCACACGUGUGUUGAAGAAACAACGAGUGUGUGUGGCACAGAUUGAUCGCCAGCUUGAUGAGCUACUGGCGCAAGUGGAGACAACGAAACAACAGCUCGAAGAUCGACAGAAGGAGCUCUAUCGUAAAAAGAACCGUCACUUGAACGAGUCAUCAAGUAUCUUGGCGGAGAAAAGCGAAAUAACAAUCGAUAGUCAAGAAAGUAGCAAUAAUAAUGAAGAAAUAAAAGCUUUAGAUUAUCGUGACAAAACACUGUUAGAGGCAGCUGGAUUGACGUGCAAUGCUGAGGGAUUGGAGGCAAAGCAAAAGGAUAUGGGAGUCGAGGAGCAGGACAAUGAGACCGAGUAUAUUGUAAAGGACUUUAUCAAUCGAGUGAAGCAGUUGAAUAUUGAAAAGAAUGUUGCCAGUGAACUCAAGUCUAUCCACAUAUUGCUGUCGAGAUUUUCAAAGUAUAUUGAUAAGAAUCUUUGUACAGAUAUAACAAAGGUGUGUCGGACAAAUGAAAUCGACCAAAAGAUUGUGUGCCGUCUCGUGGUUGAGUAUCUUUACCAGGAAGGACAGAUUGAGGCGGCAGAUGCAAUGUGCAAGGAAGCGGGACUCGAGCUACCCUCGACAAUAAGAAACUGCUUUAUUGAACUGCACAAGAUCUUGAAAGCAAUAGAAAAGCAUGAUGUACAGCCUGCACUUGACUGGGCACGGAAACACCGCAAAGAACUAGAAUCACUGGAGAUUGACAUUGAGUUUGAAUUGGUUCGGCACAAGUACGUGGACAUCCUUGAGUCCUCGUCAGAUAUGAUGGAUGCAGUCAGUUUUGCAAACAAGGAACUUCCUUAUUUUCAUCAGACACACGCAGAAGAGGUUGGGGUGUUGAUGAGCUGCGUACUGUUUAAAGGGAAGCUGGAAGAAUCACCGUACAAAACGCUCUUUAAUGUCAAUCGUUGGGAAGAUAUUCACGAAGCCGUGAUCCGGGCAUGCUGCCGCCUUCGUUGUGUUCCAUCUCGGUCAUAUCUCGAUACAUGCUUGGCAGCAGGUGUACCAGCGCUGCCUGCAAUGCGGAAGCUUGCGUCGGUUAUGGAUACAAAGCUGGCUGACUGGGCCAGCAUGGAGGAACUGCCUGUGGAGAUACCAAUUGCAAAGGAGCUUCGAUUUCACAAUGUGUUUUCCUGUCCAGUGUCGAAAGAAGAAAGCACCCCAGAGAAUCCACCAAUUUUGCUAAAAUGUGGCCAUGUGAUUUGCCGCAGCUGUGUCAGUCGAUUUUCUUACAACAUGACUCGGCAAUUCAAGUGCCCUACCUGCCCGGUUGAACAAACAGAGAGUGAAACACGUCAGCUGUUUUUUUAA